AAAACAAUGAAACAGCUGUUCUGUUGUGAUUCGUACUUGCUUCAUCAACCUUUAUAGGAAUCAAAAGCUAAAUCCCCAGAAAUUUAUAAUUCUUCAAUUGUUCGUUAUUGGUUAUCGUUUACGCGUUUUUAAUCGGUUAAUUAAAAUCAUCGACGAAAGGUUUGACGAAUCGUCGUCAAUCUCCAACGGGUCAAUCGACUCGUUUACUUUUCUUCGGUCUUCUCUCCACAAAGAGUCUCUCUGAUAUUUCAGCAGCAAUAAUGGUAGAGAAAGUUACAGAAGCAGACAAAUCAUUUCUGUUUUGAAAUUCUCUUGUCUUCUGAUUAGAUAAAUACCCAAGUCCAGAAGCUGUUUAGGUUCGAGAAGCAGAGAGGGUUCGAGAAGCUAAUAAAAGGUUUCUUCUUUUUAUCUGAUUAGGUGAGAUUUUAAUGCUAAAAGGGUUCUAGAUUCGUUGAAUUCUACAAGGGUUUUAGGGGUUCUUAGAAGCUUUUGUUUGAUUGUCUUUAUUUAGAAACAGUGGUGAGUUCUUUUGGGGUUUUUGUCUCUCACUUUGUUCAAGUUUGAAGCUUUUUUUGGAGGGAAUUUUCGGUUUCUGAUUUUGAAUCUUUGAUCGAAACUUAGUGAUAGUAAGUUCUUUGAGUCCUCCAUAACUCUAGUUUCUGUGUACUCAAGUUAUUGAAUUGAAAGUUUUUAUCUUUUGGUUCUUGAAGCUUCAUAAAAAGAGUCUCUUGCUCUGCUUUUUGUGAGUGUGAUUGUUAGCUUGGAGUUGGAAGUUGCGUUUUUUAGAUUUGUAAGUGUUUUAGAGAUGGAUGAGAGUAAUCAUGGAGGUACAUCAAGCUCACUCCCACCUUUCCUCACCAAAACAUAUGAGAUGGUUGAUGAUUCUUCAUCCGAUUCUAUCGUUUCGUGGAGUCAGAGCAAUAAGAGUUUCAUCGUUUGGAAUCCGCCGGAGUUUUCUAGAGAUCUUCUUCCGAGAUUCUUCAAGCACAAUAACUUCUCAAGCUUUAUCCGUCAGCUUAACACAUAUGGUUUUAGAAAAGCUGAUCCUGAGCAAUGGGAAUUUGCCAAUGAUGAUUUUGUGAGAGGUCAACCUCAUCUUAUGAAGAACAUUCAUAGACGCAAACCAGUUCAUAGCCACUCUUUACCGAAUCUUCAAGCUCAGCAAAACCCGUUGACGGAUUCAGAACGACUGAGAAUGAAUAAUCAGAUUGAGAGAUUGACAAAAGAGAAAGAAGGAUUGCUUGAAGAGUUACAGAAACAAGACGAGGAACGAGAAGUGUUUGAGAGGCAAGUUAAAGAACUUAAAGAACGGUUACAACACAUGGAGAAACGUCAGAAAACAAUGGUUUCGUUUGUUUCUCAAGUAUUGGAAAAACCAGGGCUUGCUUUGAACCUCUCGCCGUGUGUACCCGAAACAAACGAGAGGAAAAGAAGGUUCCCUAGGAUCGGGUUCUUUCCUGAUGAACCGAUGCUGGAAGAUAACCAAACGUGUGUUGUUGUGAGAGAGGAAGGCUCUACAAGCCCGUCUUCACACACAACAGAGCAUCAAGUGGAACAGUUAGAGUCAUCGAUAGGUAUUUGGGAGAAUCUUGUAUCGGAUUCUUGUGAAAGUAUGUUACAAUCAAGAAGCAUGAUGACACUUGAUGUGGAUGAAUCAUCUACUUGCCCACAAAGCCCUCCUCUUUCUUGCAUACAGCUAAGUAUCGAUACACGUCCCAAGUCUCCUCCUUCUCAAAGGAUCAUCGACAUGAACUCUGAGCCCGAUUUUUCGAAAGAACAGAACACUGUUGCUGCUGCUCCUCCUCCAGUAGCAGGAGCGAAUGAUGUCUUCUGGCAGCAGUUUUUCACAGAGAAUCCUGGCUCAACCGAGCAACGGGAAGUUCAAUCAGAGAGGAAAGACGAUAAAGAUGAAGCCAUACGUAGUGAGAAAUGUUGGUGGAAUUCGAGGAAUGUAAAUACAAUUACAGAACAGCUUGGACAUCUGACAUCUUCAGAGAGAAGUUGAUAUGUCAAAGUUUAAAUUAUAGUCUGUUUUAGUUUCUUGUAAAAUAGGUUUUCUCAGUUUAUUUAUUACAUGUAUGAUCUUUCACAGUUCAUUGUAGCAGACUUCAAUGGUGAUGAUAAGCUAGAGCAUAUGGAUAUUAUUCAUAAAAUGAGAUUGACCUCAAACAAAA